CUGUUCUGUCCGCGCAUCAGACGGAGUUCCGGUUGGAUCCGGUUCUCCUGCUUGAGGUGUUCAGACUCGGACCGCGGAGAGGGAGCUCGGGGGGUCCGGCGGUUCCUUUCCGUCAGGAGAACCAGGAACGGGUAUCGCGGUGAGAGCGCGCGGUGAAAGCGCGCGGUGAUGGAGCAGCGCGAGACUCAGACUCUCUCCUUCAGCGUGGAGUCGCUCAUAGCUCGCGACCGGAGCGCCUCGAAGCGGGAAAACACCUGCGGCUCAUCGCACGCGCACACCGAGGAACUCCGACAGCACCGAGUCCACACAGACCUCCGGUCCGAGUCUCCGAAACCCCAGGAGUCUGUCUGUGCAUCGGAGUAUUCACACACACGUCAGGUGAGCUCACAGAGCAUGCUGCGCAAACACAAGUCCAACCGCAAACCACGCACACCCUUCACAACAGCUCAACUGCUGGCACUUGAACGCAAAUUCCACCAAAAGCAGUACCUGUCCAUUGCUGAGCGUGCCGAGUUCUCCACUUCACUCACACUUACAGAGACUCAGGUAAAGAUCUGGUUCCAGAACCGCCGUGCCAAGGCCAAGAGAUUACAUGAGGCUGAACUUGAGAAACUUAAACUUGCUACUAAAUCCCCACUGACACCAUGUCCAUCUUUUGCUGUGACACUCCCUGUUAGACAACCACUCUAUAGCAACUCGUUUCCUUACCAAAGGCCCCUGGUACACGUUUCGCCACUCGGAAUGUAUGGAACACCACUGGGUUACGGCUUGUAUCACCUGGCAUAAAUGGAUGUAAAGAAAACAGCCAAAUUUUUUAUUAAACCAGUCUGUAAAUGCAAAACGCUGAAUUAAUCAAAGAUCUUAAAAGUGCCUGAAAUGGAAAGUGGAGACUUUUGCCUUUAAAUCCUAACUAACGGAUUUGAUAUUUCUGUGUGGGUCGGUGCAUCCAUUGCUUUGUAUUUAUGUGUGUACAGUUUGUGUACAUGUUUUAUACUUCAGAUUAUUCUUUUUAUGCCAAAUAU